UUUGUCAGCAUAGGUCGGGCCGUUUCCUAUUCCCUGUCUCUGCUUUCCCGAUUCUGGGUUCUAUGCUACAUAAACUCCAGUGUAUCAUCAUCUUCAUCAUCAUCAUCAUCAUCAUCAUCUAAGGCAUCAAUGAAUCAAUGAUUCCCAAACCGUUAAUUUUGACAUUGGAUUAGCCACUUUAGAGCGGAGUGAGAAAGAGUUCUGCCGCAGCGAAAAGUAGCAGGCCUUCCCGGUUUCCAGUUUCCACCGCUUUCUGCACCGUGAUUUGCCCGCCGCCUCCCUCUACCACCGCCUCUCUACUUUUCAGGUCAACCUUUUUGCCCACCCCAUUGCCAACUAAGCAUUCCGGUGUGAUUGCUCGCUUCCCUACUUUGUAGCGUAUUGUUUGCAUAUGAGAUGGUAGCUAUGAAUGCAUCCAAUUUGGACAGUUCGCAGCAUGAGCCCAGAAAGGUUGAAACUAAUCCUGAGAUGGAUGAUUUUCGAUGCAGUAUUAAUGAACUAUCCACUAAAGUUGAUAAUCUUGAGCAAAGAGUUAAGGAUGUCGAGAAAUUUUACUUGAACACAAUCACGAAGCUACCAAAUUCCUCGAAGAGCACAUCAACUGGGAAGGACAAAGAUAUGGAUAAACAUAUCCCUAGUGUUAAGAGGCUACAGCAAGAAGCAUCUCGUAGGGAGGCUGCUGCAGCGAAGAGAAUGCAUGAGCUUAUGCGCCAAUUUGGCACGAUAUUUCGCCAGAUCACACAACACAAAUGGGCAUGGCCCUUUAUGCAGCCAGUCGAUGUUGAAGGGCUUGGGUUGGAUGACUAUUAUGAGAUUAUUAAGAGGCCAAUGGAUUUCAGUACAAUAAAAAACCAAAUGGAAGUCAAGGAUGGUACUGGGUAUAAGCAUGUCCGCGAAAUUUAUGCUGAUGUGACACUGGUGUUCCAAAAUGCAAUGAAAUACAAUGACGAAAAAAGUGAUGUUCAUGCAAUGGCCAAAGCAUUGCUGGAAAAGUUUGAGGAGAAAUGGUUACAAUUUUUGCCAAAAGUUUCUGAGGAGGAAAAGAGACGAGAAGAGGAGGAAAAAGAAGCUAAAUUAAGAAUGCAGCUUGCUCAGGAGGCUUCUCAUGCAAAAAUGGCUAGGGGUUUACACAAUGAGCUAUGCGAAGUUGAUAUGCGCUUGGAUGAACUUAGAGGGAUAGUUGUUAAAAGAUGCAGAAAAAUGUCAAAUUUGGACAAGAGGAAACUUGGCGUGGCUCUCUCUAAAUUGUCCCCUGAAGACCUUACCAAGGCACUUGAGAUAGUAGCUCAAGACGAUCCGAGCAUCUCAACCUCAUCUUUAAACAUAGACCUUGACAUGGAUACACAGAGUGAAUCAACAUUGUGGAGGCUAAAGUUCUUUGUGAAGGAUGCGUUAGAAGUUGAGUGCAAGAGUCCAAGCAAAGGCGAGAAAAAUGAUGCAACUGAUAUGAAUGCCGCCACCAACCCUAACAAUAUCGCCCCUCCCAAGCGUAAAGCGGAGAUCUGUGAUGCUCUUGCCAAGUGUACAAAAAGGCGAAACAAGAAGCCAGCUUCUUAAGGUUGUUGGAUUGAGGGAUUCUCUUCAUGUAGACUAUUGGGUGGAAACAAAAGGCAGGCUGGUGACCUAAGUGAGGAGGGAAUUUGUUAUGUUUCUGAAGUGCCAAAGCAUAAACUUCUGAACAGAUUCCCUGUGGCUAGUUUUAGUGAAGCCAAAAAUUUUAACCGACUCUACUGCAAUUUUAAGAGAAAAUGACAAGUAUUCUUAGUGGAAGUUAUAUUUCACCACGUGCCAAUUAGAUAAAAGGGGAGAGAAAAAA